AUACACAAAUACCGGCUACUGGUCUUUGGCAUCAGUUUUUUCCGUCUAUUAGAUCUUUCCCAAUAGUUAAUAGGUAUUUUUGGCUCUUUUUAUAAGAAAAGAGGUAGAAAAUGAAAAAUUACGAAAUUGGAGGACUCAAACGAAAAAUGUUUUUAACUUCCGGUAACCGGAGCUAGUCCAUGGCCAUUACCAACUAAAAGCUUCGAUCUUUCCUGAUUCCGCAAGCAAAAAAAAAUCUCAAAGUUUAAGAAAAGUGGAAUCCAUGAUUGAUCCAGCUGAGUAGCUACAAGAUGGAUAAUCGAAACGUUGUCGUUUGCGACAACGGCACUGGGUAUGUCAAGUGUGGCUUUGCGGGUGAGAAUUUUCCCACAUCUGUAUUUCCUUGUGUUGUGGGGAGGCCAAUGCUAAGAUAUGAAGAGUCCCUUAUGGAACAAGACUUGAAGGAUAUUAUUGUGGGAGAUGAAUGCUUGAAGUUGCGCCAUCAGUUGGAUUUAUCUUAUCCCGUCAACAAUGGAAUUGUACAAAACUGGGAUGAUAUGGGGAGUGUGUGGGACCAUGCAUUUUUCAAUGAACUGAAGAUAGAUCCAACAGAAUGCAAAAUUCUGCUGACAGAUCCACCUCUCAAUCCAUCUAAAAAUCGUGAAAUGAUGGUAGAAACCAUGUUUGAGAAGUACAACUUUGCUGGUGUCUUCAUCCAAAUUCAAGCUGUUCUAACAUUGUAUGCUCAAGGUUUGUUGACUGGGCUUGUCAUCGACUCAGGUGAUGGAGUUACACAUGUUGUUCCCGUUGUAGAUGGAUACUCAUUUCCUCACCUCACGAAAAGAAUGAAUGUAGCUGGACGGCAUAUAACGUCUUAUAUGGUUGAUCUGCUACUUCGGAGAGGGUAUGCAAUGAAUAGAAGUGCCGAUUUUGAGACUGUCAGGGAUAUUAAAGAAAAGCUCUGCUAUAUUAGUUAUGAUUACAAGAGAGAAUAUCAGUUGGGGCUUGAAACUACAAUUCUUGUUAAGAAUUAUACUCUUCCAGAUGGGAGGGUACUUAAAGUUGGCACAGAGAGGUUCCAGGCACCUGAGGCUCUUUUUACUCCAGAUCUUAUUGAUGUUGAAGGUGAUGGCAUGGCUGACAUGGUAUUUCGCUGCAUCCAGGAGAUGGAUAUUGACAACAGGAUGAUGCUCUACCAGCAUAUUGUUUUGAGUGGUGGAAGUACCAUGUAUCCUGGCUUACCUAGUCGUUAUUUUCCCUUCUUUUCAAACAUUGACAGCCUUGAGAAAGAAAUUUUGGACCGCUAUCUUGAUGUUGUUCUGAAGGGGAACAAAGAUGGUUUGAAGAAAUUGCGCUUACGAAUAGAAGAUCCACCAAGAAGAAAGCAUAUGGUGUAUCUCGGUGGUGCAGUUCUGGCCGGGAUUAUGAAGGAUGCCCCUGAGUUUUGGAUCAAUAGACAAGAUUAUUUAGAAGAGGGAGUUGCAUGCCUAAGCAAGUGUGGUCAGGCAUGAUUUUUACAUGUCCAUCAAUUGUUUAAGCUUUAGCUAUCUUUUCAAAGAAAAGCUUGGAAAUGUACAGAUCAAGACGUGCUGGAAAUGACUCUUUAGCAUUCUAAAAGAAGCUCUUGUACUGUAUUUUGCUAAAAAAAUCUCGAAGAGACAGGACGUGUCACACUUGAAUGUUUUUACUGCAUCUGCGGUUUAUCUUAGUCGAGCAGAAAUUCUUUAAGGCUUGAAUUUGUACAGUCGAUAUUGAAGUAAAAUAUUGCUAAUUGGAAUUGCUUUCCAUUCCUACACUUUUGUGAAGUGUUUAAAUGUGUGCUGAAACAUAAGCAGCUUAUUGUGUAAUCUGGCGCAGGCAAAAGAGGUUGUGAACUAAUUCUCACAAAUGUAUAACAGCUUGAGCUACAUUUUGUUAACUUUCUAUCCAGAUAUUAACUUUAUAUUC